UAUAGUGAGGCUAUAAACAGAAAAACCUGUGUAUGUGUGUGUGUUCCUUCAUCCUCUAAUCCACACCAUGGCUCUCCGACACACGCUUACAUCUGGAAUAUUAAUUUUAUUUUUGAUUAAUGUCUGUUUUUCUGACAUCCCAGUGGAAGAAGAGGAUCCAAGGUUUUGGAACAUAAAGGGGAAGGAAGCUCUCAUCUCAGCUUUAUCUCUGAAACCAAAUGUUCAUCGGGCCAAAAAUCUCAUCCUCUUCCUCGGAGACGGUAUGGGAGUUUCGACAGUGACGGCUGCUCGGAUUCUGAAAGGGCAGCUCAAUGGUAAAAAUGGAGAGGAGACUCUGUUAACCAUGGACAUGUUCCCUCACCUGGCUUUAUCCAAGACCUAUAAUGUGGAUCAGCAGAUGCCGGACAGUGCUGGUACGGCCACAGCGUAUCUGUGUGGUGUGAAAGCAAAUUACGGAACUCUGGGUCUCAGUGCUGCGGCUCGGCUAGGUCAGUGUAGCACCGCCAAGGGCAACGAGGUCAAAUCAGUCCUCCACCGUGCCAGAGCGGCAGGGAAGUCUGUGGGUGUCGUGACCACCACGCGAGUUCAGCAUGCAUCUCCAGGGGCAAAUUACGCCCAUAUUCCUGAUAGAGACUGGUACAGUGAUGCUGAGCUGCCUGCUAGUGCAGUGAGCGAAGGCUGCAAAGACAUCUCCUACCAACUCGUCCACAACACCGACAUUAAUGUGAUAUUAGGUGGAGGGAGACAGUACAUGCUGCCUAUAGGGACUGCAGAUCCUGAAUAUCCUUCAACCACCGGUGUCAGAAAGGACAAAACCAACCUGAUCGACGAGUGGCUUAAAAACAAAACGAACGCCUUUUAUGUGUGGAAUAAAGCUCAGCUCAACGCUGUGGAUGAGAAAAACACAGAUUAUUUAAUAGGUCUUUUUGAGCCAAAGGAUACCAGGUAUGAGCUGGAUAGGAAUCCAGAAACAGAUCCGUCACUCACAGAGAUGAUGGAAAAAGCCAUCAAGAUCCUCAGCAAGAACCCCAAUGGAUUUUACCUCUUUGUGGAAGGUGGUAGAAUAGAUCAUGGACACCAUGCAAGUGAAGCUAAACAUGCGCUGUAUGAAGCGGUGGAGUUUGACCGCGCCAUCGCUCGAGCAGCCGAGCUGACCAGUGAACUGGACACUAUGACUGUGGUCACCGCUGAUCAUUCACACGUGUUCUCUUUUGGUGGAAACUCACCCAGGGGCAAUCCAGUACUGGGACUUUCUACUAAAAUUGGCACUGAUAAGAAACCCUUCACCACCACUCUGUAUGGGAACGGACCAGGAUAUAUCGCCAAUGGAACACGGCCAGAUCUUAACUACACUAUUACAAGCAGAACCAAUUAUGUCCAGCAGUCUGCAGUUCCUCUCUCAUCUGAAACUCACGGUUCUGAAGACGUGGCCAUUUUUGCAAAAGGCCCGAUGUCUCAUCUUUUCCACGGUGUCCAGGAACAGAGCUACAUCGCCCAUGCUAUGGCCUAUGCGGCCUGCAUCGAGCCCUACACCGACUGUCACUUACAGCUGGAUUCCGAAACAGACCCAAAUCAUGCCGUUUCCAUCCGGCUCAGUGUCUGCGCUAUACUACUCAGUCUCUUCACUUCUCUCAUCCAUUUCCUCUAAAGGAGCUGCACUUUCACCCUGAACACUUAUUUCCCCUACAGAUUGUGCAACAUGCAGUAAUAUUGUGGAUUUUUGUGUUAAACCAGUGUCCUGUGCACAUGAUAUAAAUAUAAUAAUGUUAAUAAUGUAAUAAAUGUAGAUGUAAUUAGUGCAAUGUUAUUAACUAUCAAUAACAGACCCUUUACAGAUUAAGUAUAACAGAGAUAUCAGUGGUAUCUUUAUUAUUAUCACAUUUUACUGUAUUUUAUAGAAAGUCUAUUAAGUCUUUAUAGAAAGAUAGUCUGGCACAGCCAUAAUUUUCUGAGAUGGAUGUAAACAGCUCCCAGACCAUGUACACCAUCCAUAAUUUCAUCUAUGGUUAUUAAUUAUUUCAGUUAUAUUUUGAGAUGUCAGUAUUCUGCGCAGUAAUUACCCAUUUCCUGCAUAAAGUAUUUAAAAACAUAUCUAGGUUCUCUAGAUUUAUUUAUUACUUAAAUCUGCAUGUAAUGUGAAUGACUUUUCUAAACAUCACUUAUGUUAAACAGUAAAUGGAUGGUCAUGUGUAAUAAAUACCAUGAGUAACAAAAGGAUAAAACAUUAUACAUGAAAUUAAUAUGGCACUAUUUAUGAUGUACAAAAUGCACUGUUUAGAACUGUCACAUGACUCUCACUUCUGGGGUUAUCAUCAAUAAAAAAAAAAGUUUUA